AUGGCGACCGAUAACGAUCGUGGGUCGCCCUUUGCACCGCUCAUGGCUGAGCUGGCGCGUAUGAGAAACAAGACCCUCAAGACAGCGAUCCAUGAUGUAGAUGAGGUUCUAGAUCUUCUGACUAAAGCUCGGGAUCAGAUAGCUCAGGACCCAGAUAGAGCUAUCAUGGUCAUGACCACCCUCCAAAAUCCAGUCAAAGCUCGCUUCGAGCGUAUUACAACAGAUUUGAAGGAUGUCACAAAGGCACAAAAGGGAUUCGGAAAGGCUCUUGACAAGGCUUUGCCUCACCGAGAACUACCCAUGGAGACAGACGCAAUGGCCGAUCACCCAGGUCUUAUCAACAGAGCUAUAGCCAUGCACCUACUUCGAGAGGGACAAUUCUCUGUUGCAUCGACUUUCCUCAAGGAGGCUACUGACCAUCCUCCUCAUCGCGAAACCCACUCGGUCUCACGUACAGACGAAGAUGGCGACGACGAUAUGGACGAUGACGACAACGAAGAGGAGGAGGAAAUAGAAGACGAUUUGGAAGGUCUGCAUUCGGAGCACCUCCAGAGGAAGUUCUCCGAAAUGUACAACAUUCUCUCAGAGCUCAAAAACCGUAACCUCAUACCCGCCAUCAACUGGGCCAACAUGAACAGCACUCAAUUGGAGGCAAAAGGCAGCACUCUUGAGUUUGAGCUCAUUAAGCUUCAGUACGUUUGGCUGUUCAAGGGACCCUCUGUCAACGGCCUGCCCGAUGACCCCGUAAGAAACGGACUAGGUGGCGCCUUGAACUACGGUCGUCAACACUUCACCCGCUUCCAGGGCCGACAUCUUCUAGAGAUCCAACAGCUUUCCUGCGCGAUGGUGUAUGCAUCUAACCUCGCUGGCUCUCCAUACAAGCACAUAUUCGAUGGCGAUGAUGCUUUCGAAGAUGUCGCCAUGUCUUUCACGCGCGAGUUUUGCUCCCUCCUCGGCCUGUCGGCUGAGUCGCCUCUCUAUGUAGCUGUCACAGCGGGUUCGAUCGCUCUGCCCCGCCUGAUCAAGUACACCACGUACAUGAAGGAGAAGAAGACGGAGUGGACGACAGAGAAUGAAUUGGCUUUUGAGACACCACUGCCCGAAUCGAUGAUUUACCACCCCAUUUUUGUUUGCCCUGUGAGCAAAGAACAAACUACGCAGGACAAUCCGCCAAUGAUGUUGGGUUGCGGACACGUCAUUUGUCGCGAGUCGUUGCAAAACAUAGUAAAGGCAGCGCGGUACAAAUGCCCUUAUUGUCCGACAGAAGGUCACCUUAAGGAUGCCACUAAAAUCAGAUUAUGA